CUAUUAUAUAAAGAUGCCCGUCACCUGUGUGAUACAGAUCACUUCAUAUGACACAUCUCUGUGACUUUGCAAGCAACUGUCCCUCACUCAGACAUGUUGACGACGCAAUCAGGCCUGGCCGUAGUCUGUCUGGUCCUCUUGUGGACGGAGGCCCAGGGGUUCAAGGUGCUCUGGGCAGGCAGAUCUAAUACCCAUCAAAACAUCACUACGGCAGCCAUCUUACAGACCACUGCCCAGGCGUGCAAGGGCUUGGCCUCUGUUGAGGGAAGAGACUUCACUCUGCCGCCGGGACCCUUGACAGCAGAGACCCUUGCUUUAGCCUGCUCCUCAUCUGGGUCUGUUAGGACUUUCCAGAGUGCCAUCUCACAGAUCAACAAGAGAAAUGCCAGAGUUGACAUUCGUCACGUCUUUAAUGCUGAGUAUCACUUUGACAAUGAGAUGUUUGUGGUGGGGCGGAAACUCAUCACAGAUGGCAUGAACUCAGUCAAAUCUAGCACCAAGCAAGGAAACUUUGAGACAGCAAGACAGACGCUGGGAGGAAUUUUACACACCUUACAGGACUUCUACAGUCACAGUAACUGGAUUGAACUCAACAACCAAGUGCCACAUUUUGAUCUCAUCAGAGCUGAUGUGCCUGAUAUCGGCCCAGUUGCAGAUAAGGACACACCCACAUGUCAGAACUGUGUCGGGGCCGACUGCCGGAACAACAUUCUAGAAAACAUAAUCCGAGAUAAGAAGCUGACCUCUGGAUAUUUUGGACUUGUGCCCUUUUUCUCCAAGAAACCAAAAGGGAAGUGCAGCCAUGGGGGUGGUUUUGACAGGACAAGCAGUCAAGAGCCUGUAGGUGGGAUCAAUAAGGACUCAUUAGACUCCAGCCAUGGUUACCUGCACAUCCAAGCGGCAGAGGUGGCCGGGGCUGCAACCAGGGAGCUUCUGCAGGACAUCAGAGGAGCUGCUGGGGACCGCGACUUUCUGCGGAUGAUGGGGAUCUCUACGAAUGGAUCCAGUGUUUUGUGUUUUGUGAUCGACACCACUGGCAGCAUGUCGGAUGACAUCGAUGCGGUGAGGAAGGUGACCUCAUUCAUCAUCGACAGCAAGAAAGGAACGGCAGUCCAGCCCUCAGCCUACAUCCUGGUUCCUUUCAAUGACCCAGAAUUUGGGCCCCUGAUGAGGACCACGGACCCUGAGAAAUUCAAGGCCCAGAUCAAUGCACUGACUGCUGCAGGAGGAGGUGAUUUCCCUGAAAUGUGUCUAUCAGGACUUCAGCUGGCUUUAACCGGUGCCCCCCCCUCUUCAGAAAUCUUUGUUUUUACUGACGCCCCUCCUAAAGACUUGGAUCUACUCGGCACAGUGACCGCUCUCAUCGAACGUACCAAGUCUGUGGUGACCUUCAUGCUUACCGGCAGUUUAGGUUUCCGCCGUAGGAGGAGUAGUGUCCAAGGCCAGAACAGUCGGAUGGCAGCGUCAGACUCCCAGGUCUACCUGGACCUGGCUCAGACAUCAGGGGGCCAGGCCAUACAGACCACCAAGACAGAUCUGCCCCGGGCCACCAGCAUCAUUGUGGACUCCUCCAGCUCUUCACUGGUGACGAUUUUACAGGCUGUGAGAAAUCCUGGAAGGGCAGAUAAUUUCUCCUUCACUGUAGAUGAUUCUGUGAGAAACCUGACAGCUUAUUUCACAGGACGCUCCCUCUCCUUCACCAUCACUAGCCCCUCAGGUCUGUCCCAGAGCAGUGUGGAGGUGAACGGGUCCCUGGGAACAAUUCAAACUGUUGGAAACUUCUACACGCUGCGGAUGGACAGCCAAGUGGGUUUAUGGGAAAUCAGUGUAUCAUCAACUGUGUCCUACACUCUGAAGGUCAUAGGUCAGAGCACCAUUGACUUCCUGUUUGACUUUGUGGAGGUGGCCCUGGAACCUCAUCCAAGCUAUGCUGUUUUACAGUCACGUCCUCAAGCUGGUGGUAAUGGCACCCUGCUGGUGUCUGUGACGGGGAGUGACUCUGUGAGGCUGACAGAGGUGGCCCUGGUUGAGGCCUCUGGGUCAGGGGAGGUCAAUGGAACAGUGGAAUCAGUCGGCAGCAGGGACUACCUAGUCACCGUGAAUACAAUCCCAGCGGGGGAGUUCGUUGUUCGUCUGAAAGGAGAGAGCACCAGCACAGCUACCAGAGCAGCUCAAAACAUUUUCCAAAGACAGUCCUCCACCCGCCUCAGAACCUCCACUAUUGUUGUAACGGCUCUGGCUGAAGGAUUCCUGGAACCUGGAACACCAUUUUCCAUCCCAUUUACGGUGACAACCAAUGACACAGCAGGAUCCUUAACCAUCCGGGCCAGUAAUGACCGUGGGUUCAGCUCCUCUUUUCCUUCAACCCUGGCACUGGUGACUGGUGGUGCCAACGGUACGGUGAACCUCACUGCGCCCCCCAACACCCCAUCAGGCACGGACGUCACCCUGACCAUCGAGGCUGAAUCCCCCGGGGCCACUAACACCAACUACGCACUCCUGCGCCUAUCCGUUGUUUCCAAGGUGACAGAUGUCAACCGUCCGGUGUGUGAAGAGAUCAGUGUGAAGGCCAACUGUUCUGAAGACUGCAGCCUGUCCACAUGGGAGCUCUCUGCCAACCUGACUGACGGCAAUGGGACAGGCAUCGAGCGCGUCACCCUGCGCAGGGCAACGGAACCCUCAACACCACCACCGUGAUGGACACGGCCGGUGUGAACGUGACUCUGGCAACCUACAGCGCCUCCUGCUGUUCCCCGGAGGUGGAGCUGGUGGCCGUGGACGGUGUGGGGAAUGUGGGGACCUGUUUCAAGUCCAUCAGAAAUACAGUGGACACCACGGUCCAGACACCGGUCACCACUGUCUCCAAUCUUAUCAAUGUCCCCAGCACAACCUCUAGCAUGGGUCAUCCUCUAGCCCUGUCCUCCUAUCUCAACUUCAUAAUUUUUCUGGCAAACUCAUUUUGAGCAGCUAGGGAGCUAUUCUAACAUUGGUGAAUGAUUUUUGUGAGAUUUAUAAUCAUCAAUAGUAUCUCAUAUUGUAACUUUCAAUUAUUGUGUAAAUUCUGAUAUACAAUCCCCUGAUAUACACCAUCCCCUUCAUCAUUAUUUUGAGUUAAGGACAUUUAUGUCAGCAAGUUUUCUCAGAUGUUCUAUCCAAAUCUGCAUUCCUGUACUAAUGUGUGCAUUGUUUACUAUUUGAAUAUUCUCUUCUAACCCAGACUUUUCUGAUAGACACUACACAGAGUUGUAUGUGUUGUACUGACUUGUGUGGUUGUUCCACCUAGCUAUCUUAAUUUAAAUGUAUGAAGUAACUGUAUGUCCAGGGCUUGACAUUGGCACCCGUCCACCCGACAAAUGGGGGUAGAAUUUGGCUGUGGCGUGUAACACAAUCACUCUUACUAGCCACUUUGGCAAGUGGCAUUCUAUUCUAUUCUAUCUAUACACAGGGUUUUUCCUGCAUUAAAAACUCAAAGGCAACAGCCUACCCAAAAUCUUGCACCGUCUCUGUGUGUUGGCAUGGCAAAACAUGAUUUUGCGCUCAUAUAUAAAAUACCAGUGGAACACUGCAGCUUAUUAAGGUAGGAGGAAACUUUUUCCAUAUUGAAAAUGUUGCCAGGUGGGGUGUUUCCUGGACAAUUUGGCUAUUUUUUAUGGGCUCAGGUGUUUUUUUGUUUUUUUUCUGGAGUCUUGGUUUACGCUCAAUGAAAUCUGGCAACCUUCCAUACAGGACCACUUGGGUUCUGACAUC